AUGUCUCGCGCAGUGCUCAAAUUUGUGUUUACUCUUUUCGUUUCCCAUGUGCCUUUUGGUCAAUGCCAUAAAACACCUAUUACUCGUGAUAUUGCCAUCAUAGGUGCGGAGCUGCGGGUACCUUUGCAGCUAUCAGACUUCGCGAUGAAGGGAGAUCAUAUUCUGGGUGGUCAUACCAACACGUACGUGGAUCCUGCGACUGGGGUAACGGUGGACUACGGUGUCGAGAUCUUCCAUAAUCAGCAAUUAGUCAAGAACUACUUCGAUCGAUUGAAUGUAUCAUGGACUAUUGCGGUCCCAAGUUUUGGUUCAUCUGCUGCAAACUACUUGAACUCAUCCGCUCAGUCCAUCAAGUACGAGCGCCCCGAUCCCAGUGAAGGACUGGUUGCAUAUGCGAAGCAACUGGCCAAGUAUCCAAGCGUCGAGCAAGGAUUCUUCCUUCCCGACCCGAUUCCCGAAGACUUAUUGUUGCCAUUCGGCCAGUUCCUUGUCAAAUAUCCCGCGAUUGGGAAUGCGGCCUACGCUAUCUUCACAUAUGGCCAGGGUCUUGGCGACUUCCUGACUCAGCCCACACUAUAUGUGUUCAAAAACUUCGGACUGGACAUCAUCCAAGAUAUCUCGACUGGGUUCUUGGUCACAACAAGCUCGGACAACUACAAGAUUUAUGAUCAGGCGACAGAAGUUCUUGGGUCCGAUGUACUUUUCAACGGUCAAGUGGUAUCUACACAACGCAGAGAUGACCACGGAAUCGAGCUCGAUAUCGAAACACCUACUGGCACUCAAGUUGUGAUAGCGAAGAAGCUGUUGAUUGCCAUCCCGCAGAACCUCAAUAAUAUGAACCAUUUGAAUCUCGACACGCGCGAGGCUAAUCUCUUCGGCGAAUUUGACAACACUGGCUACUACACAUCCUUGGUCAAGAACACUGGGCUCCCAGAAAAUUUCACUUCCUACUCGGUGAGCUCUGAUACCCCAUACAGCCUGCCUAAGCUGCCCGGAGUCUACACCAUCUUCGCGACGGCAAUCGAGGGAGUUUUUGAUAUCAAGUACGGUAGCCCGCAUAGUGUCUCCGACGACUUCGUUCAGGCUGAGAUCCUCUCUUACAUUAAGAAAUUGCAAGCAAACGGAUACGCUGAUCAGGUAGCUGGCGAACCAGAAUUUGUGGCAUACAAGAGUCAUACUCCGUUCGAAUUGACGGUGUCCCGAGACAAGAUUGCGAAUGGGUUUUACGAAGACCUUUACUCGUUGCAGGGCCAUCGAAACACAUGGUACACUGGAGCUGCUUUCCACACACAGGAUUCAUCCAUGAUUUGGAAUUACACUGAAUCUUACGUGUUGCCGGAAUUGAUGAAAUAG